AUGAGCCGAGAUCGAAGUCACAGUAGAUUAUCACAUGAUCAUGAUUAUUUAAUUAAACUUCGUGGUAUACCUUAUUCAUCAACUAAAGAUGAUAUUAAAGAUUUUCUUUCUCCAUGUCGUAUUAUUACUAUUCAUUUAUUCAAUGAAAAUGAUAAUUCAUCAGGUGAAUGUUUAGUUGAUCUUGAAUCAGAAAAUGAUGUUAAAGAUGCAUUAAAAAAAAGUAAUGAAUAUAUGGGAAGUCGAUAUAUUGAAGUGUUUCGAGCGAGUUAUUAUGAAUAUAAAUUCUAUAUUAAACAUAAAGGUGUAAUUUCAUGGCGUGAACCAGUUAUUCAUAUGAAUGGUCUUCCAUAUACGUGUACAAUGGGUGAUGUACAAACAUUUUUUAAAGAUAUUGUAAUAGCUCGAAAUGGUAUUUAUAUAACACGUGAUAUGUCGGAUAAUGCAUUGGGUGGUGGAUAUGUGGCUUUUGUUAGUAUGGAUAAUGCCUAUAAAGCAAUUGAUAUGUAUAAUCAAAAACAUAUUCAACACAGAUAUAUCGAAUUAAAACCAUCGACGUAUGAUGAAGCGAAGAAAACCAUUAUGAAUGAUGCUUAUUCGAAUGGAAAACAAUUUGCAGGUGAAAAAGAAGAUGAAACUACUACAAAUAAUAAUCAUAAUGGUACAAAGAAACGAAGUCGAAGUAACCGACAAUCACGAUCGAAUAGUCGAGAAAAAGAUAAAGAUUAUCGUCGUCAACCAAUAAAACGUCGACGUUCACGAUCAAGAUCUCCUCGACCACAACUUCGUCGAUCUCGUGAUAAUUUUCGUCGACGAAGUCGUAGUCGAAGUCCAGUACGUCGCUCAUCAGUAAGAUCAAAUCAAAAUGGCGAAUAUCUUAUUAAAAUGCGUGGCAUGCCUUAUACUGUUGUUGAAAAUGAUAUUCGUGAAUUUUUCCCAUCAACAUGUCAACCGGUGCGUAUUGAAAUUAUGCAAGAUCGUCGUUUGAAUCGACCUAAUGGUGAUGGUCAUGUUUAUUUUAAUACAAAGGAUGAAGUCAAUGAAGCAAUUAAAUGCGAUAGAAAAUUCAUGGGUAAUCGUUAUGUUGAACUUUAUUCUGAUUCACCUCGUCAUUCAUCAUCAGAUCGUCGACGAAAUAGCAGCGCUCAUAAUUCUCAACAUGUAUCUCGUUCUCGAUCAAAAACAAAAACUAAUGAUAGAAGUGAAUCAGAAGAUUAA